AUGGCACCGUCUCCGGUGGCCGUCAGUCUGGCGCUGCUGGCCGUGGGUGUGGUUGUGGCCGAGCAGGCGCCGCCGCCGCCACCCCCGCUGCGCUACGAGGCGCCCGACGACUGCAAGUGGCAGCGGCUGCGCGACUCGGCCGACGUGGCCCUCACGUGCAAGCUGCGCACCGUCAACAGCGAGUUCGACACGACCAACUUCAGCGUGAUCCCGGCCGAACACACGACGUCGCUGCACGUGGAGUGCGACGCGUCGGUGCGGUGGCGCAGCUCUGUCGAGGAGCGCGGGCUGGCGCACCUGUCGCGGUUGCGCGAGCUGGCCGUCGACUACUGCAAGCUGGCCAAGUGGCCCUCGGCGGCCCUCGCCGGCCUCCGCGACCUGCGCAACCUCACCGUCCGCACGCACAACUCCGACUGGCCCGCCUUCAGCCUCGAGAUGUCGCCGCGAAGCUUCGACCCCGUGCCGCAGCUCGAGAGACUCGAUCUCAGCUUCAACAACAUCUGGUCCUUCCCCGACGGCAUCUUCUGUCCGUUGACAACGUUGGUCACGCUAAACGUCAGCUGGAACCGGCUGCAGGACAUAACUGAGAUGGGCUUUCGCGAAAGGGUGGCCGUACCUCAACCGUUAAUGAGUUCUCCAGACGAACAGGCGCCGGAGACCGCCCAACAGGUCCCCAAGGAACCGCCGUGUGGACUCGAUAUCCAAGUGCUGGACGCAUCAUUUAAUCAGUUCGUGUUGAUGCCACCGAACGGCUUCAGCACUCUCCGGCGUUUACGAGCUCUACUUCUCCACGACAACUCCAUCACUACCGUUGCCGACAAAGCGCUCGGAGGACUCAAAUCGCUGCAGGUAUUUGACCUUUCUAAUAAUGGAGUAGUUGCACUUCCCCCUGAGCUCUUCCUCGACUGUUCGUCAGUAAUAAAAGAAAUACAUCUUCAGAAUAAUUCCAUUAGUGUGCUUGCUCCGAAACUCUUCACUAACCUUGGCCACCUGCUUCUUUUAGAUCUUUCCAGCAACGAACUGACUAGUGCUUGGAUCAACAGUGAAACAUUUUCUGGACUGAUACGACUUGUUCUCCUAAACCUGUCGCAUAAUCGGAUAUCAAAGCUAGAUCCGUCUUUUUUCCGUGAUCUGUACACCCUACAGAUACUUAACCUGAACCACAAUGAACUGGAAGCUAUACCUGCGGACACAUUUUCUCCUAUGAACAACCUACAUACUUUGUCACUUUCUCACAACAAAAUCAGUCAGCUGGAUGCAUAUGCACUUAACGGAUUGUUUGUGUUGAGCCUUCUCUCUAUCGACAACAACCAUCUUAAAGAUAUUCACCCUGAGGCAUUUCGUAACUGUAGCAGCUUGCAAGAUCUGAAUCUGAACGGCAACGCGCUCGCAUCUGUUCCAAAGGCCUUGCACGAGAUGCGUCUCUUACGAACUGUAGAUUUAGGGGAGAAUCUCAUUAAAGACUUAGACGAUCCGGGAUUUUCUGGGAUGAAUAAUCUGUACGGCUUACGGCUCAUAGGAAACCAUCUCACGAAUAUAAGUAAAAACGUUUUUGACGAACUCCCGUCCUUGCAGAUACUCAAUCUAGCGCGAAACAAAAUACAACAUGUCGAACAGGGUGCAUUUGAUGACAGCAAAAAUUUGCAGGCCAUUAGGCUAGAUGCCAACUUGCUGACAGAUAUUAACGGCCUCUUCGUAAAUGUGCACAGUCUGCUGUGGCUGAAUAUAUCUGACAACAAUUUAAGCUGGUUCGAUUACGCUCUCGUCCCAAUGAGCUUACAGUGGCUCGACAUGCACAAAAACAACAUAGAAGAACUCGGCAACCACUACAGACUGGAAGAAAGGUUACGAAUACAGACGCUGGACGUCAGCUUCAACAAACUAACGCACAUCUCUGAAGCUUCGAUUCCAGACAGUGUCGAGUUGUUAUUUCUAAACGAUAACCUGAUACACACCGUCGAGCCACACACUUUCUUGAAGAAGGUUAACCUCACGAGGGUAGACUUGUACGCAAAUCAGAUUGUGACGAUGGAACUGAACGCUAUGCUUCUGUCACCGAUAGAAGACGGUAAGCCGCUGCCUAGCUUCUACAUAGGGGGAAACCCGUUCCAAUGCGACUGCGACAUGGAGUGGCUCCAGCGAAUCAACAGCCUCGACCAUUUGCGCCAGCACCCGCACGUCAAGGAUCUGGAGAGCAUAUACUGCAAGCUCAUCUACAAUCGUCACCGUACUUACAUACCACUGGUGGAAGCCGAGCCGUCACAGUUUCUGUGUACGUACAAGACUCACUGCUUCGCCCUGUGCCACUGUUGCGACUUCGACGCGUGCGACUGCGAGAUGACGUGCCCGCCCAAUUGUACCUGUUACCACGACGAGUCUUGGGCCGCUAACAUCGUCGAUUGUACGAAUGCAGACUACACCGAAAUGCCGGUUAACAUCCCGAUGGACGCCACAGAGGUCUACAUAGACGGGAAUAAUUUCGGAGAAAUAUCCAGCCACUCUUUCAUCGGAAGAAAAAAUCUGAAGAUUCUGUACGCUAAUAAUUCGAACAUAGAGGCCAUAUAUAACAACACGUUCAGCGGUCUGUGGCAAUUGAGUAUUUUACAUCUAGAAAAAAAUCGGUUGAGGGAGCUGCAAGGUUUCGAACUGGAGAAACUGGAGAACCUGCACGAAUUGUACCUACAGGACAACGAACUCCGCAGGAUCAACAACCGAACCUUCGUGCGCAUGAAACAGCUGCAAGUGCUGCGCCUGGACGGGAACCAGCUGACUAGAUUCGAGGUGUGGGUGCUGUCGCAGAACCCGUACCUGGUGGAGAUCGGGCUGGCGGGGAACCCCUGGUCGUGCGACUGCGAGUACACGCGGCAGUUCCGCAGCUGGCUGCGCGCCAACUACGGCAAGGUGGAGGGCGCGUCGGCCGUGGUGUGCGCGCUGGGGCCGGCCGUGGCGCAGCUGGACGCGGCCACGUGCGCCGCGCUGGUGGCCAGCGUGACGAAGGCGGUGGGCCGGCGCGACGUGCACGACUACCUGCCUCUGUCGCUGCUCGCGCUCGCCGGCCUGCUCGCAGCCGUGGCCGCGCUCUCCGCCGCUCUCUACUACCGCCGCCAGCUGCGCGCCUGGGCCACGUCGCGCUGCCGCUUCCGCAACUGCUACGAGGCCACCGCCUCCUUCCACGAGGACCACGCCGACCGCCUCUUCGACGCCUACGUCAGCUACAGCGUCAAAGACGACGCCUUCGUCAGCCAGGUGCUGGCGCCGGGCCUCGAGCAGGGCGACCCCCCGUUCCGGCUGUGCCUGCACUACCGCGACUUCAACGUCAGCGCCUACAUCGCCGACACCGUCGUCGAGGCGGUCGAAUCGUCGCGGCGCACCGUCGUCGUCCUCUCCAAGAACUUCGUACAGUCCGAGUGGUGCCGCUUCGAGUUCAAGUCGGCGCUGCACCAGGUGCUGAAGGAGCGCCGCCGCCGCCUGGUGGUGGUCUCGCUGGGCGACGUGUCGCAGCGCGACCUGGACCCCGACCUGCGGCUCUAUCUGAAGACGGCCACCGUCGUGGAGUGGGGAGACCGGUUGUUCUGGCAGAAGCUGCGCCUCGCCAUGCCCGACGCCAAGAAGGGCGCGCGCGGCCGCGGAAGCGCCAGGGCGCGCCAGCCGCCGCCGGCACGCUUCCCCCGGGACGCCCCGCAGCCACAGCCGCUGUGGGCGUAGCGCAUAUUCCGCCGCAGUCGGAAGCUCUGGUCAAGAGACGUGGAGUGGCCCCUGGGUCGCGGCUUCUACUACCAUGUGAUCACCGGCCGGCACGUCUGGACAUCGGAGAACAACGACGUUAGCGGCGAAGAUUCCGCCUAAAAGAUUUUCGAUUGUUACCAAUGUUCGUCCAUUUCUAUAGCUCGUUUAUCUUAAUUGGUUAAGAAAGAUACACAUUUAUUAAGUACUGCCACGAUGAAAUCUGGCAUGACGCUAUGUAUCACAAGUGAUAUCGUACCCUUGUUACAAUACGAGAAACCUCCCCGUUGCUAACGUUCACAUCGCCGAAUAAAACACAAUGCAUGAUUCCUGAGUUAAAGAACGGAACCAGAAAGGUUACGUCUUUAUAAUGUGAUCACGAGACCCAAAAUCAACAGUACACUUUAACACUUCCUCUGGAAGAUUGUUGCUAUCCUCUUACAACACUUACGAGAUUAUGCUUUCGAGAUCUUGAAACGCAGAAUUACUGCACGAAAACACACCAGUCAUACAAAAUUAUGUCUCUCUUCCGUGGUUAUCAUAUGCAACUAACGGAGGAUAUAUUAUACUACAUUUGAAAUUGUGGUGGAGAAUACAUUUCAGUCUGUAUAUCCCAUUUCAGUUUCACUGCUUUUGUCCUGUUUCCAAAUAUUCUUCUCUAGUAUUGGUGUCAGUAUUCUAAUAGUCUAUGGAGACAUAUGUAUGCAUGAUUGUCUGUGUCUAUUUAUUAAUAUCUAGGAAAAUUAAGUCCCACAACUAUGCAGCUGAAUAUAUUGGCAGUAUUUAUUUAUGUGUGUUAUCCAUGUUUACAACUUUCUAUGUGCUUAAUACUUUAUUUAUCAUUCUAUCAUAUCAGUGAGUUACUUCUAUAGGUAGUGAGGUCCUUGGAAACUACCAAAAGGCUAUGUUUGGCCCAAUAAAAAUGUGUAACAAGUGCUUGAUGUUCAGACUUAGAUAGCACAAAUGGAUGAACAAUUGUAUAAUUAAAAGGAGAAUUCGUGUCAUACAAACAAAUUUAAAUAUUUCAACACAGAUACAUACGAUUGGUGUUUUCUUUUUAGUGUUGCAGUUACUGUGUGCUCUCUCUUAGCUGUGCUGAAUGAAUGCCGAGAAUGGGAAGGACCAGAAUAAACAUCUCAUUUUGCAGUCAGGGUACAGUGCCUGUCCGCUUGCUUGUGUGCAUACUUUUCAUCGACAUAAAUAUGUAACGUUUUAUUUGCUCGAGGAAUAUAACAACUGUGCUUACUAUUCAGAAAAUUUUAUAAAGCAAGAAGCUGUCUGAAUCCUUAUAUAAAAGUUUGCGGAGAAAUAAUUUGUUCGUCAGUGUAUGUAGGGUUGUGUGUGUGUGUGUGUGUGUGUGUGUGUGUGUGUGUGUGUGUGUGCAAAUAGUAGAAAAGUCAAUAACCAUGAUCGAUUUCGGUGUAUCUAAAUGUAUAUAUUAAACUGAAUUAUCGAGAUUAAAAUUUAUUUUAAAAUAUAUACUCAUAGAAAUAAAUUAUGGUAUGUAUGUUAUUCAAUUGUUGUAAUAAUAGCGGGGUUUUGUUGUAAAAGCGCUGCAUUCAAUGAAACGAGAUAAUAGUGAUGAUAACUUGUGUAACUGCAUAGACAUUUUCAGUCACAAUUUCAGCACAUUACUUGAAACUCAAAAAGAAGUUAUUUAGUCAGUUGUAUAUUAACACAUAUCACUUAAUGCUUUGCAGUAUAUGAUCAGUGUUGUGAUUUAUUUCCUCAAAAAUGAGUUUAUGUUUCAUUAAUAGCAAUCUUAUGUGGAGCAACCAUUUCGUGAUACUAAUACAAAUUUAAAUGAAUUAUUUUCUCGAAUGCAGCGUUUUUACAACUGAUUUUGCACUGAAGUACAUGUGCUGUUAGUUAUGUGCCUGCAGAUGUUAUAAUAGUCUGGUCGAAAAUGAGCUUACCUCAUCUAAUGAUUAGCAUGUCUCAUUUGUAAUACAAAUCACUGUUUUUCUUUCUAAUCUUUUCUCAGUAUCCUAAGAUUUUCUAUAUUUCCGUGAUUUUUCUCUUUCACAGAACAUAACGUAGUUGAAUACAUGAAGUGACAGUGUUCAGUGUGUUUCACAAUGUGUCACAAUGGGGAAAAGUUUCCAUCCUGAACAUAACAUCAAAAUUUAAGCUAAUUGUGGGUUAAUGCAUGAAUUUGCUUUCUUGCUAGUUUUCUAUCAGCAAGUAUUCUCCACUUUUCGCAUGAUUUGUCCACAUGUUGUAUAAAUUCCUGAUAUGUUUACUAGUGAAUAAGAUGUUGCAGCUCCUACAUAACAGUAUUGUAUAUGUGAUCUUCAUUUACUUAUUCAUGUGUCUCUGGUAAUUUUCAACAUCAUAAAAGCUGUGUGUAUUCGUAUUGUAUCUAGCACAAUACUGAUAAUAUGUUUUGGUAGUCUUGUUAGUACAUAUAGGUGCUUGCCUCUCGUAUUUCUUCAAGAGAAAUUGUGCUUUACGGAUCUCAAUGUUAAUGUUCUACAUUUUUCUAUGUGUUCUUGUAAUAAUCAUUUAUGUUUUUAUACAGUCAAAUAUAUCGCCUAAAUUUUCUUAAAACUUGCCAUGUAUAGCAAAAACAAAAGAAGUAGUGCAGAUUGUAAUGUACAAGCUGGAAAAAUUCUAUGUGACAACACCCAUGCACAGAACAGUGCAUACUGGAAUUGAUGAUGAUUCACCUAAUUUGUUUAGGUGUUGACAAUAUACUCCAUUUCACAUAUAGCCCUCAUUUAUGUUUAGCAGAUCAAUGUGACAGAAGAAACAACACACAACCAGUAUUUAUUACAAAUUCAUACAUUACAUUAACAUUGUCUGUAUGAAUAUAGACAAAUUUGACACAUAUAAAAUCUGAUUAAUGAAUGACAUUUAAUUCAUACAAAAUUUAAAUCAUCAUGGAAGCAAACCAUUGCAAUAGAUGAAUAUAUUUUAUGAUCUGUCACUAAACAUAAAAUAGUAAUAAUAUCUAUUAUGAAAUACAUGUUCCUUGAUUUUAUGUGUUUAUAAUAAAUAUCUAAGUGGCAGAUUUAUGAAAUAUGAUAUGAAUAUCAAAUCUAUUUUCAAGAAUGAGUAAAUGUAUUGUGAAUGUUUCCACAUGAAAACUUAAAUCUAACUUCUCAUUGGAAAAUGAUGUUUUCUGUUGGUAAUUAGUCUCCCUAUAUUAUGCUGCAGAUCUCUGACUGACUUGUAGGUAUUUUUCAAUGAAGGACACUUAUUUUUUUCACACAUUACAUAACUGUACACCAUUAUGACUUAUAAAAGAGAUAAAUAGUUAUAACAUUUUAAUUCUUUCCAUUACAGAAGCUUGUUAACAUGAGUAACUUUUACUAUACACCGAAUGAAUAUGAUAUAAAUUAUUUUAUUGAAUGUUUAGGAUUUACUCUCAGAUGUCAUUUACAUAUCAAUUACAGAUUUUGUGCAUGAACUACAGGGCUUUUAUCCUUUGAUAUCCCAAAAUAACAAUUCUUAUUCAGAAAUGACUCAAGAACAAAAUAUUUCAUUGUCACUGAAGAUAUGUUUUACCUUAUUUUAUGUCUUACUCUGUGUGUUUAUAGGAGGAAUUUUGCAUAUGAUAUUUAUAAAAGAGAUAUUUAAUUCUAUAAGUACCAGGAUUCUAGUCACUGUCCCACUAAGAUACCAAAUAAUGUUUAAAUAAAGUUACAUUUAAUGGAAGUAUGUUAUACUGUUAUAUGUCCUGAUUAAUGUGAAUUUAGUAUUAAAAACAGUAUGCAUUUCUGAGUUGUAUAUGAACCUUUUCUUUGAGUGUAGUUUUAAGAAUUAAUAUUUUGUAUUACCAGCAUAUAUAAAUUAUAUAAAACUUGUACCA